AUGCGUCCUGAAGUCGAGCAGGAGCUUGCCCACACGCUCCUUGUGGAGCUUCUUGCCUACCAAUUCGCCUCGCCGGUGAGGUGGAUUGAGACUCAAGAUGUUUUCCUGGCCGAGCAGAUGGCCGAGCGCAUUGUCGAAAUUGGCCCCGCGGACACCCUCAGUGUGAUGGCCAAGAGGACUCUCGCCUCCAAGUACGAAGCCUACGACGCUGCCAAGUCUGCUCAGCGCCAGAUUCUGUGCUACAGCAAGGACGCGAAAGAGAUCUACUAUGAUGUCGAUCCGAUUGAGGAGGAGCCCGAGCCCGCUCCGGCUCAGGCUGCUACUCCGACUGCCCCCGCGGCUCCGGCUGCCACCCCUGCUGCGGCGCCGGCCCCGGUCGCUGCCCCGCCACCGCCUGGUGUCGGUCCCGCCGCCCAGGUUCCCGAUGCCCCUGUUACGGCCCUUGAGAUCGUGCGCGCCUUGAUCGCUCAGAAGCUCAAGAAGCCAUACCAAGAAGUGCCUCUUAGUAAGGCUAUCAAAGACCUAGUUGGCGGCAAGUCAACGCUCCAGAAUGAAAUUCUUGGAGAUCUCGGUAAGGAGUUCGGUUCGACGCCCGAGAAGCCGGAAGACACCCCGCUCGAUGAGCUCGGCGCCGCCAUGCAGGCCACCUUUGACGGCAACCUGGGCAAGACUUCUCAGGGCCUUAUCGCCCGUCUUAUCUCGUCCAAGAUGCCUGGUGGCUUCAACAUUACAACAGCACGCAAGUACCUAGAGACGAGGUGGGGUUUGGGUCCGGGUCGCCAAGAUGGUGUGCUCCUGUUGGCUAUCACCAUGGAGCCCCCAUCGCGCCUCGGAUCAGAGGCGGAUGCCAAGGCCUUCCUGGACGAUGUCUCCCAGAAGUAUGCCGCCAACGCCGGCAUCAGCCUGUCUACGGCUGCGGCUGCUGGCCCGGCUGCCGGCGCUGGUGGCGGCAUGCUGAUGGAUCCUGCCGCUCUGGAAGCCCUCACGAGCGACCAAAAGGCUCUGUUCAAGCAGCAGCUGGAGCUCAUUGCCAGAUACCUUAAGCUUGAUAUUCGUGCAGGAGACAAGGCCUACCAGGCCUCUCAGGAGUCGGCCAAGGUCCUGCAGUCCCAGCUUGACCUGUGGCUUGCUGAGCACGGAGACUUCUACGCAUCGGGUAUUGAACCGGUUUUCAGCCCGCUGAAGGCCCGUGUCUACGACUCCUCAUGGAACUGGGCGCGCCAGGAUGCCUUGAGCAUGUACUAUGAUAUUAUCUUUGGCAGGCUCAAGACGGUCGACCGCGAGAUCGUCAGUCAGUGCAUUCGGAUCAUGAAUCGCGCUAAUCCGACGCUCCUGGAGUUCAUGCAGUACCACAUCGACAACUGCCCCACGGAUCGUGGCGAGACGUACCAGCUUGCCAAGGAACUCGGUGCUCAACUCAUUGAGAACUGCAAGGAGGUUCUCAAUGCCAACCCCGUGUACAAGGAUGUCGCCAUUCCUACCGGCCCGAAGACCACCAUUGAUGCCCGCGGCAACCUGAAGUACGAGGAAGUCCCUCGGCCCAGCUGCCGCAAGCUGGAGCAUUAUGUGCAACAGAUGGCGGCUGGAGGCAAGAUCUCGGAAUAUGGUAACCGGAUCAAGGUCCAGAACGACCUCGCUAAGAUUUACAAGUUGAUUAAGCAGCAGCACAAGCUCCCCAAAACGUCGCAGCUGGAGAUCAAGGCCCUGUACAGCGACAUCAUCCGUGCCCUGCAAAUGAACGAGAACCAGAUUCUCGGUCAGACGAACGGCAAGAGCCUUGGCCUGCCCAAAAAGGGCAAGCCCAAGGCCAAAACCGAGACUAUCCCGUUCCUUCACCUGCGUAAGAAGAGUGUCAUGGGCUGGGAGUACAACAAGAAGCUUACCAGCCUGUACCUUGACUGCCUGGAGAAAGCUGCUCGUGAUGGUCUCACCUUUGCCGGGAAGUACGCCCUCAUGACGGGUGCCGGUGCCGGUUCCAUCGGUGCCGAGGUGCUCCAGGGUCUCAUCAGCGGCGGCGCCCAUGUCAUUGUUACGACCAGCCGCUACUCCCGCGAGGUCACCGAGUACUACCAGUCCAUGUACUCCCGCUAUGGUGCUCGCGGCUCCCAGCUCGUCGUCGUGCCUUUCAACCAGGGUAGCGUGCAGGACGUCAACGCCCUCGUUGAGUACAUCUACGACACCAAAAACGGUCUCGGCUGGGAUCUUGACUACAUCGUGCCGUUCGCCGCCAUUUCCGAGCAGGGUCGCCAGAUCGAUGGCAUUGACUCCAAAUCCGAGCUGGCCCAUCGUAUCAUGCUGACCAACCUUAUUCGUCUGCUUGGUGCUGUCAAGACACAGAAGGCCAGCCGCGGUUACGAGACUCGUCCCGCGCAGGUCAUCCUGCCUCUCUCGCCCAACCAUGGUACUUUCGGCAGCGACGGUCUGUACUCCGAGUCAAAGCUUGGUCUUGAGACUCUCUUCAACCGCUGGGAAUCUGAGAACUGGAGCAACUACCUCACCAUCUGCGGGGCCAUCAUCGGCUGGACUCGUGGGACAGGUCUCAUGUCUGGCAACAACAUUGUUGCGGAGGCUGUCGAGAAGUUUGGCGUUCGCACGUUCUCGCAACAGGAAAUGGCGUUCAACCUGCUGGGUUUGAUGGCGCCAACCAUCGUUGACCUCUGCCAGAACGAGCCCGUCUGCGCCGAUUUGAAUGGCGGUCUACAGUUCAUUCCGAACCUGAAUGAGCUGAUGACCAGAGAGCGCAAGAACCUCACCGAGACCAGCGAGAUCCGCCAGGCUGUCACAAAGGAGACGGCUGCCGAGAAUAAGGUCGUCAACGGCGAGGCCUCUGAGGCUCUUUACAAGAAGAAGAUCAUUGAGCGUCGGGCCAACAUCAAGUUCGACUUCCCUCCCCUUCCCGAUUGGAAGAAGGACAUCCAGCCCCUCAAUGACAAGCUUAAAGGCAUGGUCGAUCUCGAAAAAGUUAUCGUUGUCACCGGGUUCGCCGAGGUCGGCCCGUGGGGCAAUUCCCGUACUCGCUGGGAGAUGGAAGCCUAUGGAGAAUUCUCGUUAGAGGGCUGCAUCGAGAUGGCGUGGAUCAUGGGCCUCAUCAAGAACUACAAUGGUCUCAUCAAGGGCAAGCCGUACUCGGGCUGGGUUGAUGCCAAGACUGGCGAGCCUGUAGAUGACAAGGACGUCAAGCCCAAGUACGAGAAGUACAUCCUGGAGCACUCUGGCAUUCGUCUCAUCGAGCCUGAGUUGUUCGGUGGCUACGAUCCUAACAAGAAGCAGCUGCUGCACGAGGUCGUCAUCCAGGAGGAUCUGGAUCCCUUCCAGUGCUCCGCUGAGACGGCCGAGCAGUUCAAGCGCGAGCACGGGGAUAAGGUCGAGAUCUUCGAGAUUCCUGAAUCGGGCGAGUACACAGUCCGCUUCAAGAAGGGUGCGACUCUUUGGAUCCCCAAGGCGCUGCGCUUCGACCGUCUCGUCGCCGGCCAAAUCCCGACCGGUUGGGACGCCAAGCGCUAUGGUAUCCCAGACGACAUCAUCCAGCAGGUCGACCCUGUCUGCCUGUUCGUGCUCGUCUCCACCGUUGAGGCUCUCUUGUCCUCGGGUAUCACCGACCCGUACGAGUUCUACAAGUAUGUCCACGUCUCGGAGCUAGGCAACUGCAUCGGGUCUGGUAUGGGUGGCGCGACAGCUCUUCGUGGCAUGCAUCGCGACCGCUUCCUCGACAAGCCGCUUCAGAAUGACAUCCUCCAGGAGUCUUUCAUCAACACCAUGUCGGCUUGGGUGAACAUGCUUUUGCUUUCUUCGUCUGGUCCGAUCAAGACACCUGUUGCUGCCUGCGCCACGGCCGUCGAGUCCGUCGACGUUGGUGUCGAGACCAUAUUGGAGGGCAAGGCCCGCAUCUGCCUGGUCGGCGGUUUUGACGACUUUGGUGAGGAGGGCUCUUACGAGUUCGCCAACAUGAAGGCGACCAGCAACGCUGUCGACGAGUUUGCCCACGGCCGCACCCCUCAGGAGAUGUCUCGCCCGACAACCACUACCCGCAAUGGUUUCAUGGAGUCUCAAGGUUCUGGUGUCCAGGUCAUCAUGACUGCCAAGCUUGCGCUCGAGAUGGGCGUCCCCAUCUACGGUAUUCUGGCGCUCACGACCACUGCGUCGGACAAGAUCGGCCGUUCCGUCCCGGCUCCCGGCCAGGGUGUUCUCACGACGGCCCGCGAGCAUCGCGGCAAGUUCCCGUCGCCCUUGCUUGACAUCAACUACCGUCGCCGCCAGAUCGAACGCCGCACUAAGCAGGUCAUGGAGGAGAAGGAGGCUGAGUUCGAGUACCUGGCUGCUGAGAUCGAGGCUCUCAAGGCCGAAGGUCGUCCUCAGAGCGAGAUUGAGGAGUAUGCCGCGCACAGGGCUGCUCACAUCGAGAAGACGGCCGAGAAGCAAGCUAAGGAGAUUCUCCGCAGCUUUGGCAACUUCUUCUGGAAGAAUGAUCCGACGAUCGCUCCUCUUCGCGGUGCACUCGCCGUAUGGGGUCUUACGAUCGAUGACCUCGAUGUUGCUUCGUUCCACGGCACAUCGACUAAAGCCAACGACAAGAACGAGUCGUCGGUCAUUUGCCAGCAGCUUGCUCACCUUGGCCGCAAGAAGGGCAAUGCCGUCCUAGGUAUCUUCCAGAAGUACCUCACCGGCCAUCCCAAGGGUGCCGCUGGUGCCUGGAUGCUUAACGGUUGCCUGCAGGUGCUCAACACAGGUCUCGUGCCUGGCAAUCGCAACGCCGACAAUGUGGACAAGGUCAUGGAGCAGUUCGACUACAUCGUGUACCCGAACCGCAGCAUCCAGACCGAUGGUAUCAAGGCUUUCUCGGUCACCUCGUUCGGUUUCGGCCAGAAGGGAGCCCAGUGCAUUGGUGUGCACCCCAAGUAUCUGUACGCCACGCUGGAUGAACAGACGUACAACGAGUACUGCACCAAGGUCCAGGCCCGCCAGAAGAAGGCGUACCGCUAUUUCCACAACGGCCUCAUCAACAACACGCUGUUCCAGGCCAAGGAGAAGGCGCCGUACACCGAUGAGCAGCUUAGCGCUGUUCUCCUGAACCCUGAUGCUCGUGUUGUUGAGGACAAGAAGACGGGCCAGCUCAUCUUUCCUCCCAACUUCAUGAAGCUGUCGGAGAAAACGCAGGCUGCGGCGCAGCCCAAGGUGUCUCUGGAAUCGGUGCUCAGCCGCGAGGCUAGGCGCCUCGAGAGCGUAAACACGCGGGUCGGUGUCGAUGUGGAGGACAUCUCUGCUAUUAACACGGAUAACGACACUUUCCUCGACCGCAACUUCACGGAGGCUGAGCAAAAGUACUGCCUAGCGUCCAAGAGUGGUCGGUCGCCGCAGAAGGCGUUUGCCGGCCGCUGGACUGCAAAGGAAGCCGUGUUCAAGGCUCUUGGUGUGUCUAGCAAGGGUGCGGGCGCUGCACUCAAGGACAUCGAGAUCCUAGUAGACGAAAACGGCGCCCCCACUGUAUCACUGCAUGGUGCUGCGGCAGAGGCGGCCAAGAAGGCGGGCAUCAAGAGCGUGAGCGUGUCUAUCUCUUACACGGACAGCCAAGCUGCAGCGAUUGCGACAGCGCAGCUGUGA